CUCAUUCGUCGCGGGAGCAUCGCGCCUCGCCGCGGAGCGGCACGCCAGUCAGUCGGUUUUUAUCCAUCGCGCGAAGUGGUGUGUGGCGGUUUGGCGCGAGAGAGCGACAGAGCGGGUUUACGCGAUCGGACACACACAGUGACGAACCCACCGUCGUGUCUCGCAAAGGCGUGCAUUUCGGUAAUUUGCAGUUGCGACGACGUUCAUAGUGUCGCCGUACGCUCAGUAAAACCGCGUCGCGUCUGCGUCUUGACCGGAAGGAAGGAAGGUAAGCAGACGCGUCUUCGUUCUCUCAGAGGGGGGAAGAAGGAGCGCGCCUCGUGGACCCCCGUGCGUUGGAUCGUGGCCGCGAGACCGGAGGCGCACGGCGCGCAGUCGGCCAUUGUGCUUUCUUCGUGUCGCCGAUACAACUGCGCGGUGCUCUGCUGUCAGUCGGUGUGCUCUGUGUCGGCCUGCACCGGGUGAAGUCUGCAGGAGCAGAAGAUAGUACGCGCACGCUGUAAGCCGAUCACCGGCUACUACUACCGGGAGUCGUUGCCAUUCUUUGACACAAUCUUCUCCCGUCAUCGUCAUCAUCUCCCUCGCCGCCGUUUUCUCCCACGGUCAGCAGCACCGGGAAUGCGCAUGCACGGGUGCGAAUCCUCGAGACGGUGCGCGCGAGUAACGCGCCGGUGAACGCGCGAAGAAAUGAGAUGCGCGAAAGCCAUUAGGAAUCCGCUCUCGGCGAAUGUCAUUCACCCUGCGGGCGCAACAUAAGAAGAAGAAGAGAAGAAGAAGAAGGAGAAGAAGAAGCAACAGCACCACCACGCGAAAGAGGAGGCGAGCAAAGUGAGUGAAUUCGCGCUCGCGAGACCGGCAUUCUCGGGGUAAUUCGUCGUCCCUCGAAUCUUCGGCCACUGUUUCGGCUAUCCGUUAGGGCGCCGUCUCGUCAGUUUCCCCAGCGCCGGCGUCAGUAGAGUGAAAGGCGCUUCGCCACGCGUGGCACCUCUUGAAAGAGCACAUCCAGGGGAAAAGUCACGCGAUAUUUUCGCGGGGUCGUGCUGAAGCAUGCGUGCGCCACACUCGGGGUCUUCCGUCGUUCAUUAACGUCUCGAUAUAGCACGCAGCUGUAUAUGUAUAUAUAUAUAUUCCUGUAUAAAAGAUAGUCUUUCGUGACGUCUCGUUAACGCACGUGAAUUUCAACGCGGAUUCAAAUUGCACCGAGACGCUCUCACUCUCGUUCGCAGUGUAAUUCCGACCGCGCUGCGGAGAUAGAGAGGACAAAUUCUAUCCGAAGGACUGCAUAGUGAAAGAGCGCAUUUGUCGAUGCUCGCGAGGAGACGCCUUCGUCGUUCGUCGGGGGAGGAAUUGAUGGAAUGCUCGAUUGAGGAAGAGUCGGCGUGUGUCCGUGGUGAUCGACGACUGCGGACGAGCGUUAAUCGCGAAUCGACAGCGAGGAUGAUCGCGCGGAAUUCGCCGACGACCAGUGUCGAUUAUGCGAUCAAUGUGGACGAAUCUAGAAAGAGCCGCUGCGCGAUCUAAUUCCGACGGAGAUACGCUGGGAUUGCUGCUGUUUUACGAACGGCGACGAAGAGCCUUCCUUCUUUAAUACACACACACAUACACACACACACACACACACCAACCGACCGACCGACCGACCGACCGAAUUGACGUCGUCUAUUAAGAUAGAAGAGAUUCUAGACUGAUAAAGAAAUAUCCAUCGACUGAUAAAGUAAACCAGCGGAAUCCAGCGCGACGCAGAUUUAUUGUCGCCAUUGAGAUUCCGGCGCCGUUCGCUUCGCGACCGAUAUAGCUUUCUCGAUCGGAGUUCAGCAACGUCGCCUUCUACCUAAACUACCGUUAAUUAGCCUAAUUGCGUGCCGGGGACUCGAAAUUAUUCAGCGGCAUCCGUGCUCACGCGAGUUUACGCUAAGUGUAAGCGCGCUGUUUCCUUCGAGAAACCAAGGCGACCGCAAGGACGCGCGGUUCCUGUUCGAAGCGUUCUCCCGGGAAUCGAAUCGACUUCAAAUGAGCAGACACCGUCGAUCGAUCGAACGGUAAGUCGGUCUGACGAAGCGAAGGGACCGAGCGAAACUCAGCGUCGAGGCUCGGAUUCGCGGAUCGCCGUCGUCCGGAUCGGAAGAUAUACCGAAGGAUAAGCGGAUCCUGUCAUUGGUCCUCGGCGAAAGGGGACCGAUCGUGGACUCCUGGUGGUGUCCUGUGGCCGCAGAUGGGAGCUGGUCUGCUAGAACCCGGCAGGGUGAUCAACCCCGUGCAGCAGCGACCACAAUCGGACGAACUCUUCGCGAUCGAGUUCGAAUUCGCGACCACCGACCCGUCCUACGCCGACGUCGCUUGCCGACGUCACCGUCGAUCACGAGACUCCUUCUUCCAUCAGAUUCGGCCGCGCAAAUCCGAUCAAGCUGGAAUUGAUGGAGUUGGAGAACAUCGUGGCGAACACCGUGUACCUGAAAGCCAGAGAAGGUGGUGGUGAUAGCAAUAAGGGGAAGAGUAAGAAAUGGCGGAAGAUACUUCAGUUCCCACACAUUUCCCAGUGCAUCGGCCUAAAAGAUAAGCUAGACAUCAGAUACGGCUAUGUCGUGGAUCAACAGCCGAUCGGACGGCUGCUCUUCCGACAGUUCUGCCAGGAUAAGAAGCCGGCCUAUCACCGUUACAACCUCUUCCUGGACGCGAUCGAGAAAUACGAGAUUGAGCUGGACGAGAACCGCCUCGAGCUGGCGAAGGACCUGUUCGAACAGUACCUGAAGCGUGAGGGCUCGGAGGUGGUCGACAUCCUGAACGAUUCUUUGAUCUCGCAGUGCGAAGAGCGACUCAGUUCUGGCGGCAAGGAGCUCUUCGUCGAGGUCGCGCAGACUGUGAAGAACUUCCUAGCCGGCGAGCCGUUCUCGGCCUUCCUCAGUAGCUUCUACUUCUAUAGGUAUCUCCAGUGGAAAUGGCUGGAGGCGCAGCCGGUGACAUACAAGACCUUCCGGAUGUACCGGGUAUUGGGCAAAGGCGGCUUCGGCGAGGUCUGCGCCUGCCAGGUGCGCGCCACCGGUAAGAUGUACGCGUGCAAGAAGUUGGAGAAGAAGCGAAUAAAGAAGCGAAAAGGAGAGUCGAUGGUGCUGAUCGAGAAGAACAUUCUGCAAAAGAUCAAUUCCAAGUUCGUCGUCUCGCUCGCGUACGCGUACGAGACGAAGGACGCGCUCUGUCUCGUGCUGACCAUCAUGAACGGCGGUGAUCUCAAGUUCCAUAUUUACAACAUGGGCGGUGAACCGGGUUUCGACAUAAAUCGCGCCCGAUUCUACGCGGCCGAGGUUGUGUGCGGCCUGGAGCAUCUUCAUCUCCAGGGUAUCGUCUACAGGGACUGCAAGCCGGAGAACAUACUGUUGGACGAUCACGGUCACGUGAGGAUAUCCGAUCUCGGUCUCGCGGUGGAGAUCACGGAGGGCGACAUGGUGCGCGGUAGGGUGGGCACGGUGGGUUACAUGGCACCGGAAGUGAUCGACAAUGAGAGGUACACCUUCUCGCCUGACUGGUUCAGCUUCGGCUGUCUGCUGUACGAGAUGAUCGAGGGCCAGGCGCCGUUCCGCGCCCGCAAAGAGAAGGUCAAGCGCGAGGAGGUCGACAGGCGCGUCAAAGAGGAUCAGGAGAGGUACUCGUCCAAGUUCAGCGAGGAUGCCAAGAACCUGUGCCAGCAACUGCUGAAGAAGAGCCCGAAGAACAGGCUCGGCUGCAAGUGCGCCCGGCACGGGGCGCGGGAGGUGAAGCUGCACAGCUUCUUCCAGUGCUUGAACUGGAAGAGGGUCGAGGCCGGUAUGUGGGAACCACCGUUUGUGCCGGAUCCUCGCGCAGUUUACGCUAAAGAUGUUUUGGACAUUGAGCAGUUCUCCACGGUAAAAGGCGUCAAUUUAGACGCCACGGACGACACCUUCUAUAGCAAGUUUAAUACCGGCAGUGUGUCCAUUCCAUGGCAAAAUGAGAUGAUAGAGACUGAGUGUUUCAAGGAGCUGAACGUAUUAGGUCCUAACAACACGCCCACUCCAGACUUACUGAUAAACCAUCCGCCGCCCAACAACGAGGACAGAGGCUGUUUUCCCUUUCGGAGAAAGAGAAAACAGAGCGCCCGCACGAGGGAGGUGCCUCUGUCGGAGUGCCAUUUGCUGGAGCUGUCGCAGACACAGAGCUCGGAGAUGCCGGCCAGCUGAUCCAGGGUGAACGCGAGUAACAGCCUGAAUGGAUCGACGUCGUCGCCGUUUCGACGCUGCUGCCGCGGCUGACGACGGCGCGUGUCCAUGUGCUGCUGCCCGUGGUUGCUGUGAUAAGAGCCGGCCGAUCUCCCUAUCUGUCUCUCCCUCGGCGGCGCCUGAGUCCUCGGCAACCGUUUACGUAACGGUCCGCUCAAAUAAAAAUAAUAAAAAAAAAUAUCACUGCGGCUGCGGACCCGAAGUGAGUCUCCGAUGCGUUCCCUCGACUCGGAAUCCGAAUUCGGCUCCGAGAUUCGCGUGGCAAACGCGCGUUUGCGUGAUGUUACAUGCAUACACACGCCUACGCACGCACAUAGAUGGGAACAUACAUCUACAUGCAUGCCAGUAUUGUAUACAGUCAGGAGCGGCGUAGGAACAUAUACGUUACCAAAUAUAUCUUUCCCGAGUUCGAACACGGAAACAUCCGACAUGUACCUCUGUACAUAUAUCGAUGUGUGUUUCAUUGAGCCUCGACGUCACUCGUGCAUUGCAAACACGGUUCAGACGCGUCGCAGACGAGAACUCAAGGCGGUAUAGAUAGAUGGAUGGAUAUAUUACGCUCGAUGCGACUACGCGACACGAGGUAUGUGUAAUUUUUUUUUAACGCGAGGAAAAUUUCUCUCAAAAUGUAUAAUUAGAUUAUUUUAUUUCUCGUUAAUCGCUCCAAGUAUUCACUCUCGAGGUGUUUUUUAAGUUGAAAAGCGACGAGUACAUCCAGGUGUACAUAGCAAAUAGAUGUUGCAAUCAUUUGCGCAAAUGGACACUUUUAUACGUACUUAUGAAAUUUUUUAAAUUAAUGAAUAUAAAAAUUUAUUUAUAUAAUAUUAACUAAUUAUCAGGGAGAGCGUUUCUCAUCGUCUCCUUGCUAGAUCUUUAGUAUUUUAUUCUUUAUGAUUCAGAAGUUUAUCACCAUUCUGUAGGGAAAAAUGGAGAAAUUUAUAUUGGCGGAUGAUCGAGUGAGAAAUAUGCUGCAAUCUAACUCUUACACUCGAUCCGCCCUAUUGCUUUUAAAUAUUUCGAAAAUCUCGAGACGAUCGCUCAAUCUAGCUUUUGAUCGUCGAUGACCUCGAUAUAUCCUUCGUAAGGUCGUAUUGCUGGUCGUAUUGAGGCGAAUAAACCAGACGGCCAAGAACUUCGGUCGUAACCGAAGUUGCGCGCGAACGGCUUCUAUGAUUUAUGAACGUGCGCGUGAUAGAAUCUAGGAUAGGAUUUGCAGGGGCCGAAAAUAGAGUAGGAAGAAGCGCGUAGACGGGCGAUAACGAGCGCGCACGUGGUACGGACAGAUCGUAAAGGAACACGUGAGCCGGCGCUCACGCUCGCUCGCCCUCGCGACAUUAAGCUACCGACAAACGGACACCCGAUACUACCGCGGAGCAAGUAAACACUCGCGUGUACUCGCACGUUUAUAAACGUUAACCCGAUAUAUAUCCGGAGAUUGCAACUGUGCAGGCAUGUGAAUAGGAUGCAGUGAAUUGACGGCGCCGAGAAGACGCUAUAUCAAUGCGAGUAUCAUUGAAGUAUAUUUAUCUCGCUGCCGGAUGGAAACAUAAAAAAUUUCUAAUUUUAUAAAAUAUUUUUCUAUUUAGAAUCGCACUUGGCA